UUAUAAGCGCUUAAACCAUUUCUUAUUACUUUGACCUGUGUCCCUUUUGGUCUACACUUCUAGCCCCUUCCACUUUUUCUUUCUAGUGCUGCCAAUGGUCUUUUAUGCACGUGACCAAACUAUUUGUCUACUUUAUCUCAUUUUUAUCACCUAAUGGAGCUACUCUAGGUUCCCUUGAAUGACUUCAUUUUUUGUCCUAUCCUUUUUAGUUUUUCCACUCAUCCAACUCAUCAUGCGAAUUUCUGCAACAUUCAUUUUUUGGACAUGUUUCUUGACUGCCCAACACUUCGCUCCAUACAGCAGCAUAGCUGGCCUUACAACUAUUUUAUAAAAAAUCUAAAUGAUAUUUGCCUAUCAUAAGACUCUGAAUGCACUCUCUGUUUUGCCCAUCCUGCUGUUAUUCUAUGGGCUACAUUCUUCUCAAUCUAUCCCUUGUUAUUUAUUAUUGAACCAAGCACAGCUCCUGGAUACUGCAUGUAAAUUAGUACCUAUGGUUGUUACCAUUUUUGGACGGGUUGGCUCUGACACACCAAUCAAUUGCAAGAAUGGGUUGAGAGGUGUAAUAGUGGAGGAAACUGCAGAACAACACUUUUUGAAGCACAAUGAUGCUGGCUCAUGGAUACAAGAUUCAGUUUUGAUGCUGUCUAUGAGUAAAGAGGUUCCUUGGUAUCUGGAUGAUGGGACUGGUCAUGUAUAUGUUGUGGGGGCUCGAGGUGCUACAGGCUUGGUGUUAACUGUCGCAAGUGAAGUCUUUGAGGAGUCAGGGCGGUCUCUUGUACGUGGAACACUGGACUAUCUCCAAGGCCUCAAGAUGCUUGGGGUCAAGCGAAUUGAAAGGGUUCUUCCUACUGGUACCUCCUUCACGGUUGUGGGUGAGGCUGUCAAAGAUGACAUUGGAACAAUUCGAAUUCAGCGACCCCCCAAAGGGCCAUUUUAUGUGUCUCCCAAAAGUAUUGAUCAGCUCAUUGCAAAUCUUGGGAAACAGGCAAGGUGGUACAAGUAUUCCUCCAUGGGUUUCACAAUUUUUGGUGUUUAUUUGAUUGCUAAGCAUGCCAUCCAAUAUAUCAUAGAAAGAAGACGGCGUUGGGAUUUGCAGAGAAGGGUUCUUGCUGCUGCUGCACAAAGAUCAGGGCAGGAUAGUGAAGGUUCUAAUGGAAAGGCUGAAAAUGGAUCAGACAAGUGUGUGAUAUGUCUGGAGCAGGAGUAUAAUGCUGUUUUUGUUCCGUGUGGUCAUAUGUGUUGCUGUACAUCAUGCUUUUCACACCUGACCAACUGUCCACUUUGCCGGAGACGGAUUGAGCAGAUUGUAAGGACUUUUCGCCAUUGACCUUGUACCUCAAGGACCUAGAAAACCAUGCUAUACAGAGACAAUGGCUAUAAUGGUAUUUUUCCUCUGGUGAAGAAAUCUGAUGGCCAGAGCUCUUGGCAUUAGGGCUCUGUUGCAUGGUGUAUUUCCAUAUUACAGCCAAUUUGCAUUUAAGCUACUGAUUGACCUCUUCAAAUAUGCCCAAUAUAGUUGCCUUGUGGACUGAUCUAAAGAUGAACUGGGUUAUGGUAACAUCUCUCCAACUGUAAAUGUGUCAUAACCUGGCUUGUAAAUUAGGCCAGUCCUCUAGAAAUGUUAUACCUCUUGUAUUUAUUUAACGAUUAUUACUUUUU